GCCGGAAAAACACAGAAGAAGUGUCGACUUUUGAUUGCGUCACCAGUGAGCGCAUCGACACACGAGGGGAAGUGAAGCUAGUUGUAACUAAGCUAAUGAGGCUUGUUUGUCACAUUUAAACCAUGGGGAAACAGAAAACAAAGAAGUUCGCUGCCAUGAAGCGGAUGAUCAAUCUGAAAGACAACAGAAUAAAGGAGAAAGACCGAGCUAAAGCAAAAGAGAAAAAGAAGAAGGAUCCCUCAGAGCUGAAGGAGAGAGAAGUGGCCAAGUACCCAUCAUGCUUGUUCUUCCAGUACAACACUCAGCUCGGUCCACCGUACCACGUACUAGUCGACACCAAUUUCAUUAACUUCUCCAUCAAGGCCAAACUGGACAUUGUUCAGUCGAUGAUGGAUUGUCUCUACGCUAAAUGUAUCCCAUAUAUCACAGACUGUGUGAUGGCUGAGAUUGAAAAGCUUGGAAUGAAGUAUAGAGUUGCACUCAGGAUAGCCAAGGAUCCGAGGUUUGAGCGCCUGCCAUGUGCACACAAGGGAACUUACGCAGACGACUGCUUGGUCCAAAGGGUAACACAGCACAAGUGUUACAUCCUGGCCACUGUGGACAGAGAUCUGAAGAGACGAGUCAGGAAGAUCCCUGGAGUUCCAAUCAUGUACAUCUCAAACCACAGGUAUAAUAUUGAACGGAUGCCAGACGAUUAUGGUGCUCCAAGAUUUUAACAUCUCUACAGUUGAGGCGGACCUGUAAAUGAACUGAAGUUUCCUGUGUAAUAAUAUUUUCUUUUUUUAUGUAUAUGGAUACAAAUACUAUUAUUGGUUUUGAACUUUAAUUUGAUUAGAAUGGAAUGGGGUGUGUUUGAUGUAUAUGAACAUUACUUUGUGCUGUAAACCAUAUAACACAUUUUGUUUGAAUAAAUGAACUGUUUCCAUGCA